AUGGCUGGACACGCUGUGAGACGCGUGCUUGUGACGGGCGCAGGCAGCGGCAUUGGCCGCGGCGUCGCCUCCUUCCUCGCCUCCAAGGGCCACCACGUGUAUGUCACGGACCUCAACAUCGACCCGGCCAUGGCUGUGGUGGACGAGAUUGUGGCCAAGGGCGGCAGCGCCUCUGCGCACCAGCUGGAUGCGGGCAACGUCGAGUCCAUCGAGUCUGUGAUCCGCGGCCUGCAGGAGAAGCCCAACGUCCUCGUCAACAACGCCGGCAUCCAGCACGUGUCCACGCUGGAGGAGUUCCCCAUGGACAAGUGGCAGAAGCUGGUGGACGUCAUGCUUGUCGGCGUGGCAGCGCUGACCAAGGCCGUCCUGCCCACCAUGCGCGAUGAGGGCUAUGGCCGCGUCAUCAACAUCGGCAGCGUGCACUCCCUCGUCGGCUCGCCAGGCAAGUCCGCGUACGUUGCCGCCAAGCACGGGCUCAUCGGCUUCUCCAAGGUCAUGGCGCUGGAGACCGGCAACAGCAACAUCACCGUCAACACCCUCUGCCCCGCGUACGUCCGCACCCCGCUUGUGGAGAACCAGGUCGCAGACCAGGCCAAGCUCCACGGCAUCAGCGAGGAGGAGGUGAUUAAGAACAUCAUGCUUCGGCCCAUGCCCAAGGGUCGCUUCAUCGAGGUGGAGGAGCUCGCCGGCACGUGCGACUUUUUGAUGUCGGACUAUGCGCGCAACAUCACUGCUCAGGCAAUUGCACUCGACGGCGGCUGGACUGCCCAAUGA